CUCUUUCCAAUAUGAACAAUCCUCAUAAUGCUACUCCGGCAGGUGCGGAGGGGGCACAGCUUUCAUCCAGCAGCGGCAAUGAGAAAUACGUACUUCAAGACAACCCGUCCGAGACGCAGCGCUUGCGGAUGCAGCACGACGUGAUUAAAGAUGCGAUGGGCGGACACCUGAUCUUUGCAAAUGUGGACAUGUCGCGUCCAGGUCUUCGCAUCCUGGAUUCGGCAACAGCUGACGGCUACUGGCUGGAGGAUGUGCGCCGAGAUUACGAGUGGGAACGGAUAUAGUACAGGCCAACUUUCCAAGCGAGGAGACCCUGCCAUCUGGGAUGCAACUCCGCAUCCAGUCCAACACGCAGCCUUGGCCGGCAGCCGACAAGGGUGGCUAUGAUUUGGUCCAUCAGCGUUUGGGCCUCUUCGCUGCAGGAGAUAUGCUCCACACCGCUGUGGCGGGCCUGGUCGAGUUGGUCAAACCGGGAGGCUGGAUACAGCUCGUGGAUUCAGAUCUGACGGGGCCUGAAUCGGCGCCCGAAAAUCCCCUGAGCGCAUCCAUGCGUUUGAUCAAAGGCAUUUUGAACAAGGCGCCAGGCGACGCGUAUGCCGCCGACUUGAAGAAUAUUUUCAAGCAGCAUGGAUUGGUCGCAGUUCAGGAGAAAGCCGUUGACGUACGGAUGGGAGCCUUGAAUCCAAACAUCGAACUGGCAAAGAAAAGCACGACAAGCUUUUGUCUCGCUACCGAGGGGAUGGUGGAAGUAGCGAGGGGUGUACCUACGGCAUUAUCCCCCGAAGACUUGGAUGGGAUAAUUCCAAAAAUGAAGAAAGAGCUGGAAGCAACGGGUGCAAUCUUGCGGUACUGGGUGGUUUGGGUCAGAAGCCAUUUUAGCUCGUUCUAA